AUGCGGGGCUCACGAACCGAGUAUAUCCACUGGAUACAAGACGUCCCUGACCAAAAGCAAAUCCUGGCUCAGUACUGUCGGUACUCCGGUGAACUGAAGACUGGUAAGAAUGUGAAGCAGAUGGUCAAUCGGGCCUUGCAGUUUUCAAGGUCGGCGCCGCAAGGUCCGGUCUACCUCUGUGGAGCCCGCGAGGUAAUGGAGGAAGAUAUCGAGCCGUAUCACCUGAACCAAAAAUUCUGGGAUCCCGUGCAACUCGGUGGCUUGCCGACUCCUGGAGUCAAAGAUAUCGCGGAGGCACUAGUCAAUGCGAAGGAACCCCUCGUCGUAACCGGUUAUGCGGGUAGAAACCACGCCUUCUCUCCCGCACUCGUGGAGCUAGCGAACACCGUCAAGGGGCUCCGCGUCUUGGACACUGGAGGCAGUGACAUGUGCUUUCCGGCCGAGCAUCCGGGCUGGCUGGGUCUACGCUUUGGGCGACACGAGGCCAUCAAGACGGCGGACGUUGUCCUCGUUAUCGACAGUGACGUACCGUGGAUCAACACUAGCUUCAAACCCAAGGAUGAUGCCCAGAUAUUCCACAUCGACUGCGAUCCAUUGAAGCAGAUGAUGCCGGUGUUCUACCUCGAUGCAGUGCAGCGAUAUCGCGCGGAUAGCCUGACGGCCGUAGAACAGAUCACAGCAUACCUGAAGAGCAACGAAGAAACGAAAGGGAAACUUGCGAGCGAGGAGUUUAGCAGUAAAUGGGAAGCGUUGGAAAAAUCAUAUAAAGAUCAAAUAGACGACAUCGCCGAGCGAGCGAAGCCACUUGAGGAUGGUUCCUUUGGCACUGGCCACCUUUGUCAGAGACUGAGGGAGCUCUGCCCCGAUGAUACGAUUUGGAGCAUAGAAGCCGUGACAAACACGAUAUUUGUGCAUGACAACCUACAGCCGAAUCUCCCUGGUCACUGGAUCAACUGUGGUGGCGGCGGUCUGGGCUGGUCUGGUGGCGGCUCUUUGGGAAUCAAAUUGGCGACGGAUGAGCAGAAUGGCGGCCCGGGCAAGGGCAAGUUCGUUUGCCAAAUUGUUGGUGACGGAACAUUCCUCUUCUCGGUACCAGGUAGUGUGUACUGGAUUGCACAGCGGUACAAUAUCCCAAUCCUAACCAUCGUGCUGAACAACAAAGGAUGGAAUGCGCCGAGAAACUCGCUCCUGCUGGUGCACCCAGAUGGUCUAGGGUCCAAGGCCACGAACGAAGAGAUCAAUAUCUCAUUUGAUCCCGUCCCUGAUUACGCGGGCAUUGCCAAGGCUGCUGCGGGUGGCAACCUCCAUGCGAGUAGGGUAGACAAGGCGUCAGACUUGGAGAGUGUUUUGAAAACCGCUAUCGAAGCGGUUCAAAACGGACAGAGUGCGGUCGUUGACUGUAAGGUUGUCAAGGGCCAGUAA